AUGGGAAAUUGCUAAAAUAUUUGUCAACUAGGUUUAACAACAGAAUCUCCUGAACAGGGACAAGAUUUAGAAAAGUAUUUUUUAGGAUAAAGAUAAUAAAGUAGAAUUUAGAAUGCAAAGGAUGGAAUAAAUUUAGAGCAAAUUAAGCAAAAAAACUAAUAGGAAUAUAAUCAAUCUUUAUCAAUCGGUACAAAUGCUUCGAAAGCUUAUAAUAGUUAAAGAGAUGAUAUAAUUACAACAAAUAAAGAAUCAAAUGAUGCUAUCAAUAAUUUGAAUAAUAAACUAAAUCCUGCAUAGAAGUUUGUAAAAAUAAAAACUACGAUUUGGAAUAAAGAUUCCCAUUCUCUUUUUGAUUAUGAAAACAACGAUAAUAAGCAAUCUAUUUUUAAAAUUAAAUCCUCAGGUACACUAACUCUAAGCAAAGACUAAAUUGUUUAUAGAAAAAAAAAUAAAAAAUAUAUUGGAUAGAUUAAUGGAGAAAAUAUUUAAGCCAAUUAAAAUGCAAAUAACGGUAAAAAUAAUUCAGAGGUAGACUUGUUUAAAGUUCAUUAUGAAUGUGGCAGAUUCUUCCUUUAGUAGACUUUCGAUUCAGAGAUGAGGCCUUCCUAGUAAAGCAGUUGGAUAGUAAUAAAAUCUGUACAAAAUUAAAGAAAAAAAGGGUUUAGACUAAUCGAAAACGAUUUUAUUAAACUUGGCAGAUUAAAAUUCAAGGUGAGAGAAAUCUGCGAAUCAGGAAAAAAAGUUCAAACCCAAAUAAAAAAAAUCAUUGAAGAGUAAACAGAAUUUGUAAGCGAAUAGGAGGGUAUUACUGAAAUGCUGACAAUAAGAAGCGCAAAAAAUUUAGAAGAAUUUCAACUUAAACCUAACUCUAACAUACUUAAUUCCCUUAACAACCCAACUAACAAGAAUACCACUACUAAUCCAUAACAAUAAGCUUUUGUUUAAUAACUUAGUAAUUUUAAGCAAAAAUAUGAAGAGCAAGGAACUAACUGCUCGUAAUUAUAGUGUUUUACAAAAGAGGGUACUUAUCCAAACAUCCCUAGCAAAGGUGAUUUAGGAAAGGAUAUAACUAACAAUACAAAUAUGAGUAAUAAUAAUAAUAUUGAGGGAGGAUUUGUUCCUAUGUGCAAAAUAUGCUUGAGUGAAUAAGCAGAUUCUGAUAAUCCUUUUGUAAAUCCAUGUAAAUGUACAGGAAGCAUGAAAUUUGUUCAUAUUAAAUGCAUUCAGUAUUGGGUAAGAAGCAAAAUAUAGAGUUCUUACUAAAAUUAAAAUUGUAUAGUCCUUUUAAGUAAAUUUUUUGAAUGCGAGCUUUGCAAAACAAAGUACCAUUUUAAAUUCAACUCAGAGGGGUAAAUUUAUGAUAUUGUAGAUUAUUCUAAACCAGAAGAUGGUUCUCCGUAUUUGAUUUUAGAAGCAUAUACAGGAAGUAAGUUAUAAUCCUUUGGAGUUUAUAUUCUCAAAUUAAGUGGUAAAAACCAUUUUACAAUUGGAAGAGCUCACGAUGCUGAUAUAAGGGUUUCAGAUAUUUCUGUUUCUCGCUAGCAUGCUUAGUUAACUUAUGACUCAGAAACUCAUUAGCUCUAUAUCAAAGACAGAGAAUCUAAAUUUGGAAGUUUAGUCAUGAUGAGAGAUGACUUAGAGAUCACAUAAGACUUAGACCGUAUUUAAAUUUAAAAUGGAAGAACUCUUCUGGAAAUAAUAUACGAUAGAAAUCAAAGAGGUAUAUUCAGUUCUUGUCUAGGAGGAUCCAACGAAAAUGAAGGAAUAGAGGUUAUAAGUGAAGAGGAAGACGAUGAAGAUAGAAGCUUUGAUACACAAUACUAGGAUAUCUGA